AUUGUGAUUGUUUGUCUACUAGUAAUAUUUGGGUUUUCGCCCGGAAUCCUUAUUCAAAAAUUGAACAUUUUCGAGGAUUACACUUCGGUAAUAAGCAUAUUUCUAGAAUCUGUCUGAAAGUCGACAAAAUUCAGCUUAUUAGUAAUAAUUUUAGAUAAUUUUAUUAGCUAGUUUCAUAGCAAACGUGUCUCGUUUAGUGUUCGGACUUCUUCGGUAGAGCUCGUUAUCGUUGAUGGAAUACGUGCUUUUGGUGAAACGUGAAACAACAGCGACGCAUAUAACAUAGGUGGCGUUGUGUCAAACAAUUCAGGGUAAGGUUCUUAAGGAGACCAUCCCAAUGUCAUGGCAACUAGAAUUAAUAAAAAAAAUGCCCCGACGACUUCACCUAAGGAGGUAGUAACCGCAGAAAAAGCAUCAGCUAAAAAUGAACCCCCGGAACCAGUAGCGAAGUCCAGCGGUACCGCCAAAUCAAUUGGAAAACGAAUAGCCAAAAAGCCGAUUAAAAAAAUAGGCAAAAGGUCCUUAGGAGUAAAGCUGAAAGCCAAAGUCCAAAAACUAAAGUUAAACCCCCUAGCUAAAGCAGCGCUUCAAAAUGCACCCAAGAAAAAACUAUUAAAAAACGGUGUGAAAGAAGUCAAGCCGAGAAAAAGGAAAUAUAAAUUAAAAACCGAAUCGGAUUUAAAGAAAGAACCUGAAGAUGCUCCUCCAGUUUUAGAACCCAUCUUCCCUUUAGAAGAAAACGUUUUGGGCAAAAGAGGCCCCAAGAAGAGAGUUAAGAAAAUCAUCAAAAAUGAAGCUCCAGAAUUAAUUGAAUGCGCUAAAAUUAAACAAGAAAAUGACCAAGACCCUCCGAGCGAUGUGACAGACGUAUCUUUUAACGACCUACCCAGCCUUUCGAAACAAGUCAAAAAGACCAGAGUAAAGAAACAAAAAAUCGACAAUGAAACUCUUGAAGACGUAAUGAACGAUUUGACCUACCUCAUUAAAGCAGAGGACAUCAAGAAGGAAGUAGUGGAUACUGUAUCCGAAUCGGACAAAAGCGAUAGCGCGACUAAACCUAAAAAAUUAACAAAGAAACAAAAAAUAGAAUUACUAAAAAAGAAAAUGAUUAAAAAAGAAAACAUAGAAAACACCCUUUCGAAGCUAGAUUCAGCCGAUGAGAAAAUUAUAGAUAUGCUAGAUCUGAACGUAAAUAUGUUAAAGAAAAAAUCUCCCAUUACUAAUAGAAGACACAGCAUCGAAAAAUGCCCGAUAGGUCCAGUAGAAGCUCCAGGAGACACUAUAAAAGUUUUCAGUCACUUACCUAGAAGCAUAAGCCCUAGGGCUAAGCGCAAAGGUAAGCAAGACAGUCUCAGCAGAAGAUCUAGCCCUUACAGCACCAGAUCUGACUCGCCUGCCAGAAUUUUAAGAAACGGCAAACAAAGAAAGCUCAAGGAUAUGGGUCUUCUAGAGGGUUUAGAUUUGGAAUUUAGGAAAAGACGACGGCUCUGUUCAGAUUCUGGUUCAAAAUUAUCAGGUUACGAAUCGGAUAGCAGCUUUUCUGAUUUAGCUUCAUUGCAUGGUACUGAAAGUAACGAAGCUACUAAAUGUGACGAUAAAGAUAUUAAACCUAGUAUCAGCACUGCCUCCAAUGGACCAAUAGAUAGCUUAGGAUUAAUAGAUUCUAAUUCAAAUAUAUACAGUAAUGCAAUUAUUGAAACUACGAAUGUAACUGAGGAUUCUUUGUCUGAUAAGAACGUUCUCCUAGAUAUAAUGAAACAGACUUUCAAUAACGAAGUGGAUUUAAAGAAAACGGGCAAAUUCAAAGUCGGCACCGUUGUGGCCUCUAGGUUUUACGGUAGACGAACUACAGGGACUUCACAAGUUAAACCCGAAACGAUUCUAAAAGAAGAAAUCAAAGAAAAAAUAGCGGACGAGGCCCCAGUUAUGGAUGACAACUGUAGCGCCGUUACCGAAGAUUUAGCAAAGACUAAUGAUGAAAUUGGUGAAAAUAAACAAAAUUUAACUGAUAAUUCGCAAAUUUUAACAGACGAUUCGCAAAUUUUAACAGACGGUUCGCUAAUUUUAACAGAUGAUUCGCAAAUUUUGAUUGAUAAUUCGCAAAACUUAACAGAUAAUCUUCAAAAUAUAACGAAUAAUUCGGAAAUUACAACUGAUUUACCUGAAAUUACAACUGAUUUACCCAAAAUUACAACUGAUUUACCCAAAAUUACAACUGAUUUACCCAAAAUUACAACUGAUUUACCUGAAACUACAAUUGAUUUACCUAAAAUUACAACUGAUUUACCUAAAAUUACAACUGAUUCACCUAAAAUUACAACUGAUUUGCCUAAAAUUACAACUGAUUUACCUAAAAUUACAACUGAUUUAACUGAAAUUUCAACCGUAAAACCAGAAAUUGUAAAGGAAGAUUUGGCAGAACCAAUGGUGACUUCAGAAGAUGUUGCUUGUGAAAAUAUUGAAUCAAUGGAAGAAGAUGAAACUGUUCAAAAAAGCUGCAUACCUGAACCUAUGGAAUGUGAAGAUCUUAACAUUGUUCAACCCAUAAUUGAAAAUUUUGUUGAAAAAGAACUUCCUUUAAAAAUAGAACCGCUAAUUGAGGUUCCCGAUAAAGUUAUCGAACCAGAACCACCAGCAGUCAUUGAAGAAGCGACUACUGAACUAAUCGAUACCAACGUUAAUAAUGUUGAAACAGAAAGUGUAGUAACUGAAAAUAUAACAAACAAUGUGGAUACACUAAACGAAUCUAUUCCUUAUGAUAGUUUAGUAAUUGAUUCUGAAUCUAUUCCUACGUUAGAGGACCAAAUUCCUGGACCUAGUACUAGUACGACUGAAAAUAGUAAUGCUGUGAUUGAAAAUAUUGAAGACUUAAACGCUGAAGUUGAAUCUGCAGAACAAAUUGCCGAGAAGGAGAGCAUUCUGAAGGCAUUGGGCCUUCAGAGAUCAUCGCAAUUGGCUGAAGAAGCAAAACAAAAGACUAAAGAGAAAUUCGCGUGUGUGACGGGCGACAGUUACACUGGCACACUAAAGACUGUGAUCAAAAUUAAUCGUGAUAAGAAGAAGGGAGGACGGGGUUCUAUCAAAUCUUCGGGGCAAAAAGGCAAAGUCAAAAGUAACCCGAGCACUGAAGAUGAACAAGUGGUUACGGAAGAAACUAAGGAAAAAGGAAGCAAAGAGAAAGAGAUAUCGCCAUCUUGGAAACAAGGAACGCAAUCUUCAGAUACAGCUGGUGCGCACAGAAAGUCUCAUUAUUCUAACAGAUCUAACCUGGAUGGCAGCAGCGAACAUACGUCAGACGGUGAAGCUGCGCCUCCAGAUGGUGCUAUCAAAGCCUUGGUUAUACCAGAAAAAGCUAGUUCGUUUAGUAUACAUCCUGGACGGUUAUGCAAAGACGAAUGCUCUUAUUGUUUCGGAAAAUUCGGGCUUUUUGACACUCCCUGUCAUAUUGCCCAGAUGAAGAGCGUCGACAGGCAAAAUAAGAUAUUAGCAACGGAAAAACACCUUACAAGAGACUCCUGCCUUUGUGACGCGUGCUACAGGCACGUAGACAGAAAAUCAAAUACUCCUUCCUACAUGAAUAAAUCUAUGAAACGAAAUUCGUUAGUGGCACCAGGUCCGAGGCAAAAUCACUGCCACGUUCUAGGUUGCCAUAGAGAAUCUUCUAACAUUCUGAGGCGGAAGUGGAUCAUUAAAAUGAGAAAAAGUAUCUGCCAAGUGAUUAAUUUAGACUUGGAUAAUCCCGGUCUCCAUUCGAUACCAAUCUGCGAAGACCAUUAUGCGGCUCUUGAACACCUAAUGAUCUGCGCGAUGUGCAAAAGAAGACUAGCCAGGAACCACAUCCAUUAUUUAGGUCCGGAAACCGUUGAUCUAAACAACGCGCUUAACGCGAACAGUAUACCGCUAACGUUAAACGAUAAACCGGUGGUGUGCAAACUUUGUAAAUGUUUCGCUUCCAUCAUCCUUAAAGAUCCAUCCGAGAGACCGGAAGCUAGCAAAAAUUUCUUCGUGGAGUAUAAAAGACGGCUACUGCAUUUCAACGAUAUCGUUCCGAUGGACGAAUCGGCUGCAGAAGAACCGAUAGCCGUACCUAGUAAAGCAGACCGAAUGGAUAUGCUGAAGAGGAAGAAGAAGAUGAUGAAGAGCGCUGACGAGAAUACGGAAGAUGAGCAUGACGGACACGAAAAGAGGGGAGAACGGGUGCCUUCUACGGAUACGAACAGCCAACCGCAAUCUCGUUCUGAGUCUCCAAAUGAUGAUUACAAUGGUGUUGAUUACAAUACCCUUAUACCUGCCAUUGCUAUGGAGGAGGGAAGCGAUAGUGAUAGUAAAAAAGACAGUAAAACGCCGGUUAAUAUAAAAAAAUUCAAUGAAAUGCAAAGAGAAGGAGUCGAAAUAGUACGAGUAGCUAAAAAUGAAAGGCCCAAGUCGGAAUCUGUGCUCAAAAAAUUUGGAUACGGACCUUCGGUGUCUGUGCGCCAGUUGUUUUCUGGCGAAGAAGAUCUACCUCUUGUCGGUACCGUCGAUUUCAAUAACGUCAAGGAAAAGACGGUUGAAGGAUGGGAAAAAUGUUCGACUGUUAUACAGUAUGACGAUGAAACUAAAAGAUUAUGGCAGGAAUUACAGAAACCAUACGGCAAUCAAAGCAGCUUUUUGAGGCAUCUUAUUCUUUUAGAAAAGUAUUUUAGAAACGGCGAUUUAGUCCUUUCACCCAGAGCUAGUCAUCAUUCGAUUAAUUACAGUGAAUCUGUGCACAAUAGGUUGAGGGCCUACGAUAAUAUACCAACUAGCGCUGGAAAUAUUCAGCCCUUAAGUAUGUUGCCCUUUAACAAAUCCCACACCAAGAGCAGCAGCGGUAUUAUUACCAGCAACAACAUUCCUCAAGCAAUGAGCAACUCAAUCCCAACCCAAGCACCUUCCGCACCAUCGACGACCAUCACAAACAGCAAGCCAGUGGGUACCACAGCGAUGUCAGUCACCUCUCUUCCCAGCAUCCCCAAAGGUACUCCCAUCACCAUUUCCCAGCUCAACAGUCCGCCCCUGCUUCCUUCGAGCGCCAUCCUCCAACCUCUCAGGCCUAAAAUGGUCGGACAACCUCCUGGUCUGAUUUCGCUGCAUCCCGGUACCGGUAGACCCGUGGCGCCGUUGGUUAAGGUACCGCAACCGCAGAAGAUAAAGUUCCCCAUUACGAAGAAUUGGAGACCCAAUUUGAUACCUAUCGAUCCUAAUAAGAAGUUGGAAAGGAAGACUGGUUUGGUUCAGGUAAUUUCGGGCGGUAAACCGUACCACAUAACGCUCGAAGACUACAAAAAAAUGUGCGCCAUCAAGCGGAGCUUCGAAAUGAAACAGAAACGUCUGCAAGAGGCCCAAGCCCCCAAACCCAUCCUCGUCACCCACAAUUCCGUUCUCAAGUCAAUUAUACCGCGAAAAGGUUUGGUAAUCUCAAAAACUGCCACUGUCAGUGCACCAUCCAUCAAAACCGAACCCAGUACCCCAGGUGGUCAUCUAGGAGAUGGUGUUUCGGAAGGGGAGAACAUACUGGAUAAGUUAGACAAGCAGGUGGAGAAGCUGGAAUCCAAAUUAAACGAGAAACCUUCGUCUUUGUUACUGCCUAGGAUACCAAAAUCGCUGACGGUUAUACCGCAGACUAUUACAAGGAGGCCGGACAGGCCUUCCAGUCCUGUGUUACUCAUCACUUCAAAGAAUAGUAGUACCAAGUCAUGAUUUCGUUCGGUGACAAUUGUUCAAAGUGCCUAUUAAAUUUGGCGGACCAGAAAUUUGGAAGUACACCAUACAUACGUACCUAAAUAAACAAAAUCAGUUGACAUAAAUACUAUUUUUUAUUGACAUAAGUACGAUUAUUGACAUAAAUAAUAUUUUUUACUAUCAUAAGUUGACAGUUCUCUACAGAGCAAACUAAGAAAAACAAUUUGAUAAGUAUGAUGUAAGUUGUUAGUUUGUCUUUUAAAAUAUGCUCCAUUUUUUUAUUUAUUACUUUAUAUAAUUUUAUAAUUAAAACAUUUUAAUUUCUAUCUGCCUUUUGGCUGUUCAAAUAUUUAGUUUCGCCUUUAUACUGGUCUUUAGUCCUUCAGUUUUCGUGAUGGCUUAAAAACGCACCUUACUAUUUUUGUCGUGGAAUGAACCGCCUAAUCAAAAAUAUUAUUUAUAAACACUAUAUAACCAACUUUUUAUUUUUUUGUUAUGUGGUGCUUCCAAAUUUCUAAAUCCCCAUGCCCUAUACAAUUUCGAAGUAUUUUAAGUUUGAAAUUUUACUUUACUUAUAUAAAAUUGUUGGUAAAAUAAAAAAAAUUUACUUGGAGAGAAUACUUGUUAUACUAUUGUCAGUUGAUAAUAUUUUUUUAAUAUGAAAGCAAAACAAAAAAUAAAAUUGUAUAUAUACACAAAUAGACUUGUACAUAAUAAUUGACUAUGUAGCCUUUAGGUAGGUAAUAACUAAAAAAAUAUCACAUAUUUAACUUGUAAUUUAUUAAUAUUAAAGCAAUACUUUAUUUUAUGGAUACGAGAUAAUCAUGUUGAACAAGAUUGUAGAUUCUCAAAAUAAAAUUAUUUCCUUUUUUUACCUUAAUUGGCCAUAUCUUUUUAUGUUUGAACGUGUUACCUAUUAAGAAGUAGAGGUAUGACAAUUAUUUGUCCAAAUCUGUCAUUUAUUCGUGAAAUGAUUGCUGGCUUAUUAUAAAUAAUCUAAGAGCCCGUCGCUGAUAGGUUAAUGAUUGCUUAACACUAGAUCAACCAUGGUUUGCUUAGGUUUUACAUAAAUGGUACUACAUUUUUUUGAAUGAGUGCAACCUGAUGAUAAGUCAUUUGUAGCUAUUUUUUAUAUACGAAAUUGGGACUGGUAGGUGUCUUUUGUAUCGACUAAUAUGGCGGAAAAGCAGGUACUGAUUUACAAGUUACCUGUACUAUUUACUGGUUAAGUAAAUCUAAUUAUUGGAAUUCAAAAAAUUAAUGCCCUUUACAGAUAUAAGGCUAACAAUAAUUGGUUUUCCAUAACCAACAUUUUCAUGCAUUCUUCGUUAAUAAACAAUUUAAUCUUUUCGUAUUAAAAGAAAAAUUCAAGAAUGAGAACUAUAGGUCUGAUUUUUUCACCCCUGAGUACGGUUACUUGUAAGGUUGGGUAGAUUAUCAAAAUAAUUGAUUAUUCGAUUAUAUUCAUUUAAUCGUUUAUUUUUUUAUUGAUUGUUUUCGAUUAUUUGAUUAAUCAAGAGAUCGAUUAUUUUCGAUUAAUCGUUCAAAUUGAUUAUUUCCGAAUAAUCGGAUUACUGACUAUUAGAUUAAUCAAUAUAUCGACGGCCAAAGUGCAGUACCUCGUAUCAUUUUUUUGAUAAAUUUUACAGGAAACGAGAAAACUACAUUUUUUAACGUUUUGUAUUUAUUUUGCAACCGGGAUGUGUAAAGGUGGAUUUUUUAACUGUUUUUAAUAUAAAUUUACUAUUUUUUAUUUUUGUUAAGCCUAGUAUGCUUCAUACGAGGUAUUGCAUUAGAAAUGAAAAAUUAUACGAGGUACUGUAGAUAAAAUGGGGCGAUAGAAGCUAAAAAAACGUAAAAAUAUAAAUUUUUAUUAGAAAUGUUUAUUAUCAAAAAAUGGUAACGCUUGUAAGAAAACAAAAAAAAACUAAAUAAAAUCCAAUUUCAUACGGUAACUCUUACAAGAAAGCAAAAAAAAACUAAUCUUAUACUAAAAACAACAAACUAUCUGAAAACAUUUUCCUAUUCAUAUUGCAAGUUUUCAUAAUAUGGCCAAAAGUCUUUGGGAAUAACCUGCUUCAUCUCGUUAAGGUGAUCAAACUUUUUUGUUAAAUUGUUUGCAGUCUGUUGUAUAACCGCGGAAACACAACUCCAGCCAGACUUAUAGCUUUUGGUCGUCGAGGAAGCGCUUGAAACUCAUCGUUGAAAUUUAUUUUGAAAUGAAUUUCUCCCUUUGGCAAGUACUCUAGUACUCUUAGAUUUGUGACGACUAUGGAAUCAUACUUCAGUAAUGGCUUGUGAUUAAAAUUGGUAAAAAAAUCAAAGUCUGGUGUUUUAACUACAUAGGGGUUUUUCUUCUUAGCUUCUUUUCUUAUUCGAGCAUAAUCGCUUGGAAGAUAAAUGUCCUUAUUUUUCAAUGAAGUUUCAAUACAAGCAUGUACGCUAUCGCAAUCCAUUUGGGUAGGGCCUUAGGCCAGAUGUUUUUGUGUUAUUUUUACACCAUAAGUUUCAGCCAAAUGAAGUAGCGCGUUUGACAUUAUGGAAUUGCGAUUUUGUGCUAUGCAACCAUCUGAAAAUAUAAUAAUUUCUCUUUUGUCACCGUUGUCCAAAAAGUUAUCUUUGAGAUAAUCGACAACACACGAGGCGUAUGCUGAGGCUUGCAGAUAUGUUUUGGUUUCGUCAAACCAAUAGCAAGGUCCCAAAUUUGUUGCCAAGUCGUAGAUGGUAAAAUUGUGGCAACAAAGCUUUACUUUGUAAUACAGUGAGCUAGCUUUUAGCUGAGGACAAAUCUUGACCGCUUGAAGAUCCCCGAAAAUGGCUCUAUUCUUGUCAAAUUCUUUUUCGUUUCUAGCCCUGUCUUUUUCUUCACAUUGUUUCAAAAAUGGAUCUUCCUCUAAGUUUUCGUUUUCAAAUUUAUAACACUCAUCGCAUCUAUCCUUUCGAGGUGUAAAUAUUCCAAUGUUGAGCUCGUUUACAAUUUUCGUUAGUUUGGUUAUAGACAAACACUUUUUUCCUUUGAUAUUGUACUGUUUCUCGUACUCUUGGUGUAAUUGAGCCAUGGACUGAAAUUGUUCUAGAUAUUCUUUCAAAGUUUCCUUGCGACAGUAGUGAGCAGGUAACUUAUUAAGUGAUCGCAAAAAUUCUCUAAGAUAUUCUGGAGAUUCAUCAUGAAUAUUUUUUCUUUUCAUUCUGCUUAGCACAGUAUUUUCUUGUCUUUAAUUUAAAUCGCAACGAUAUUAAAAUAAAUCAAAGUAUUUUUUGGAUGAAACGCAAUGUAAGGAUAUGUUUAUGGCAAUAAUUGUAAUAAACAAACAUUUACUUACCUCAGUAACGUCAAAAAUGUAAAAACAAAGCUCAACACGAUAUUCUUACAGCAGAAAUCAAUGGCGACUAUCUGUUACGAGGUACUGCAUUACAAAACAUAAAAUAAAUUUUACGAGGUAAUGAAUUUUCCUGUAGAGACUUGUUACGCGGCUCUCGUAAAUUUUUUAAACGUUGUCAGUAGAUGGCGCGGUCAGAACCAAAAACAUUCGUGUAACAAACUUAAAAUGGGAAAAAUGCCAUAUACGAGGUACUGCACUUUAGCCGUCGAUAUGGAUAUUAUUUAAUUGAUUUUUAAACUUAUUUGAUUGUGAUUAAUUUACCGAUUAUUAUUAAAUAUCUAAUUCAAUUACGUAUUAGUAAGGUAAUCGAAACGAACGUUUUAUAAUAUGGAAUUAUUGAUAUAGUCCAAUCAAAUAGACCUUUAAAUCAAAAUUUUGGAGGAAAUAUAAGAAUUUUUGAUAUAAGUAACUUUAGAGUAUUUGAAAAUGAUAGGUAAAAAAAUUUUGUUUUUCAGGCCCCGGCAAAUGGCGAAAAACAAGAAAAUAAAGUGUUUUUUUAAGGUUAUUUAAAAAUGGUAGGUGCUAUAAAAAAAAGUUCUUAAUAAAAAUUGUAAAACAUAAAAUUUUACAUAAAAAUAAUAUUUAACAUUUUUUGCAAUUAUUAAAACUAACAGAGUUAGAUUAUUUAUUUUCUUUUUAUUAUUUACUUAGAAAAAUAUGAACUUUCAUUUCAGUAAAAUAAUUUGUCUUUUUUUAAGUUAUGACAACUUAAAUUUACAAAUUUUCAAUAAAUCAUACGACUUUAUAUGGUAAAAUAAAAUUAUGGCUUAUAUGACAUGAAAAAUAUGAGUAACGAACUAAUAAAAACGACAUUGCGACAGUUUAGUCCCCACUUGAAGCUCCAUUAAAUAAAUAAAAAUUAAUGAAAACAAAUUAAAAAAAUUAAAUUAAAUAAAAAUAAUUAAAAAUAAAUAAAGAUAAAAAAAAUAAGUAAAUAAAAAUAAAUAUAUAAAUAAAAUUGAACAAAAAAUAAAAUUAAAUAAAAAGAUAGAAGUAAAAGAAAAUAAAUAUAUUAAAAUAUAUUAAAAUAAAUUAAAAUAAAUUAAAAUAAAUUAAAAUAAAUAAAAAUAAAUAUUAAUAAAAAACAAUCUAAGUAAAAAAAUAAAUAAAUAAAAUUAAUUAAUGUGUCAUGUUAUCUGUUAUAUGGGUUGAACUUUUCGAAUGUCGCCCGUAUAUAUUAUGUCGCCACAUCAUUUGCCAUGAUGCAUGUCACGUCACCUGUCAUGAUACAUGUCACGUCACCUGUAAUGUCAUAUGUCACAUUAUCUGCCAUAUGACUUGUCAUAUCAUCUACCGCUGUUGAAUUUUUCGAAUGUCCCCCUUUUACGCAUGUCAUUUGCACUUAGCCGAGUUUCAAACUGCUUAGUUUCGAAUUAUACCACUAACAGGUGACGAAUUUUGAAUUAGUGAGCCAGAAGCGUCCUUUUUAUUGUACUAAAUUUCAAAAGAAAAUGAUUAAUAUAUAAAAUGAUGAAAAGAAUAACAUAAUAAUAAAAAAAAUUUAAUAUCAAAAAUUCCUGUAUUUCCUCCAAAAUUUUGAUUUAAAGGUCUAUUUGAUUAGACUAAUAGGACUGGGCGAUUAUCAAAAUAAAUCGAAUAUUUACGAUUAAUCGAUUAUUUGCCAUUAUUCAAUAAAUUGAUUAUUUCCAAUAAUCCAAUUAAUCAAAUAUCGAUUUUUCCAAAAAAAAAUAAUCGAUUAUUUUUCCUACCCCUAGUUACUUGGCAGAUUAGCGAACUAUAAUAUAUUGCCUAAACAACAAGUAGUUACAUUUAACUUUGAAAAACUGGCUCCUAGUGUAAUAAGUUUAAUUAAACUACAUUCUGUGAGUGUAAAUAUGUACGCUUCGCGUCAUAUAAAACUGGUAUAACUCUUAUAACGAGAAAUCGUGUUUUUUAAGCUGUGUAAAUUGAUCUUUUAAAAUGGGUCAAAUUUAAACUACUUUAUAGGUUAUAAUUUCUAGGACAACGUUGCCAGCACAACAAAAAUAUUAGUAGAUGUAAUGAUACAAACAAAUUUUGUAAAGUAAUAAAAUGCGCAAAGGAUAUUUUGUGCAGCAUUAAUGCAAAAAGUGUAACUUAAAUUUUAAAUAAAUGUGUGAAAUUUAAAUACACACAACCAAACUUAUAUGGAAUAGUCUAUUAUUUUUCAUAAUUUUUGAGAUUUAUGAACAUUUUUUUGUUUAUGAAUAAAACUCAGUCGUUACCAAAGACUUCUAAUGAGAAAUAACCUAUAUAGCAAUAAAAAUAAUUAAUUAGUUGACAAAAUAAACACAAUAGUAUUUUUUUGGUUUCUGAAACGAAAUUAGAUUUAGACUUUUAAUAGCCGAAAAACAAAAACCGAAAGAAAAAUGGUAAUUUUAACAAUCCGUGUUAUCAUCUCUAACCCUUAUGCAAGCUUCUAUUCGCCUUGACAUGCUUCUUAUUAAAUUGUCA